ACGUAAAAAAAGAUUCUCACAGAAUGAAAAGGGAAGCUGAAGAAAAUGGAAUUAAUGCUGGUAAAAUGAUAGAAAAUUCUCAACAGAGCAAAAAUGAAGGCAUUCAAAUGGUAGGAGUUGGUGCAGCUAUAGGAAGUGUUUUAGGUCCAGUUGGAACUGUUGUCGGAGGAAUAGUUGGAGGAAUUUUCUGCAUAUUUUUAUGUCAUCACGAUAAUCGACCACCACCCAAUCAAAUGCCGAAGUUUACUUUCUGUCCAAAAAGCGGAGAUGAAAUAUUUGCCGAUGAUGGACAAGACGCAAAAAUAUAUUCCUGGACUCUACCAAAAGCAGCAGAUCCAGAAGAUGGAAAUUUAGAGGUACAUUUAAGGCAAGGGAGUCCUCCCGGAAAAAAGUUUCCUCGUGGAGAACACACGAUUAUAUAUGAAGCAACGGAUAAGAACGGUGCUCUGGCAUCUUGCUAUUUCAGCUUUACCGUGAAAGUUUUGACAUGUGAGUUUCCUCAAUGGCCCUUGAACGGCUUCAUUCGAUGCAACAAACCAGAAAUAACAGCAGGUACAACAUGCAGAGUUGGUUGCUAUCCUGGAUUCCAAAUGGCUCCUAAUACACCAGAAAUAAAGUGUGUGUCAGCAAACAAAAAAGCUUCUUUUGAUGCAACUGUUCCCUCGUGUCAAGAAAUAACUUGUCCGGUAAAUGUGACAGAAAUGAAACCGCAACACGGCAUGGCUUUGUGUACCAACAAUCGUCAUAAAUAUGACAGUGCUUGUACCACACAGUGCGAAAAGGGAUACAGUCUAACGACAAUGAUGCUUUCUGUGUGUCAAAAAGAUAGAACAUGGUCCACUAAACUACCGGAUUGCGAAGACUCAGAUCCGCCAGAAAUUAAAAGAUGUCCUAGCACUAUUUACGCCUAUACAGAUCGUAAUAGAAAAAGUGCAACCGUCACUUGGAAGGAACCAACAGUUGUUGACAACUCGAACAAAACAACACUUGAGCGCACAGUUGGACUAGCACCCGGAUCCACUUUCAGAGUUGGAUUGACAGAAAUACGAUACAAGGCCACAGACGCUAGUGGGAAUGAGUCUCCAGAAUGUAUUUUCUUUGUCGCAGUAGAAGAAUUGAGGUGUGCUCCACCAUUAAUAAUAGACAAAUACAUGUUAUACCAGUGUCCAGAUGGGUUUACCUAUGGAGCCAAGUGCCAUCUUCACUGCAUGGGCAGAUUUCCUCUGGUAGGAAAUGAAACAAUUGUAUGUGAGAAAAAUUCGACUACUGUCCAACCAUACGGCUACUGGGACAAAGGCGGAGUUGAGCCCUACUGCAAACGUAUACCUUGUCGAGACUUACCAGCUCCCAUUAAUGGAGCAAUGUCCUGCGAUACGUGGAUGUUUGGACGUCAGUGCCAAAUGCAGUGCUCUGACAAGUAUGACAUACCUGCAUUGGGCUCCAGUACAUUUAAUGGGGUGUUCACAUGUUCAGAAAAGCAAGGGGUUUUUAUGCCCAGUAAUACUGUUCCAAAUUGCACUGAGCUUAGACUUCCAGGACAUAUAGAAACGCUUGGUGAGUUUUUCUAUUACACCGGAAGUUGUGGUGAUGGAAAGGUAAUGGAGCAAAUCAAAAGCAAUUUCAUAAAGCAGAUGGAAUUUCUUGAGAAAAACGGAUUUGCUGGUGUUUGCUCUGACUCCAAUGAGUGUAACGUUGGCAAUGUCUCCGUAACUUGUGGACCAAGUUCCUCAAGAAAACGAAGAGCUGUAGAUUUUGAGGAAAACGUCGACCGUUUAAGAAGAUCGGGCAGUGAAAUACGUGUAGAAAUAAAAUUAUCUUCUGUUUGGAAAAAUUCCAAUUCAACAAGAGCCGAUUCCCUACAGUUUGCUAAACAAAUUCAAAAGAAAAUGUUUGACAAAGUACAAGAACUCGGCAAUGAUGGAAAGUUAACAGUGAAUGGAAUCGCCCCAGAUUCUGGAAGUUUUGUUCUUGGCUUUACCGCUCCAGUGUGCCCCCCGGGAUUAGCUAUUCGUUUGACAACUCUAACUUGUGCUCCCUGUGCAAAGGGAUCAUACUUAACUGAAGACCACAGAAAAAGACCGGUUUGCACGUCUUGCCCAAAAGGAUUCUUUAAAGAGGACGAAUUUGAGUUGCAAUGUGCAAAAUGUCCAGAGGGCACAGGCACAGUUGAAGAAGGAAGCACGUAUUCAACAGACUGCAUAGACACAUGUCAACCUGGAGAAUACUCCGAAACUGGACUAUUUCCUUGCACGCCUUGUGAAAAAUCCUCGUUUCAAAAUGCAUCGAUGUCAACAAGUUGUGUUCAGUGUCCAACAGACUUGACAACGGCAUUUAGAGGAAGCACAGAUGAAUAUAACUGCACCAAUUUUGAUGUAUUAUUAAAACAACGUGGAAGUAGGAUUGACGUUAAAAAGCCGUCUAAGUCAACUGCGCCUCUUGGCAUAACUAUAAUGACUUGGCUGAAAUCACCAUCAAGUAAUAUAGACCUCACACUGUAUCAUUCCCGAAGUUUAGGCAUAAGAAUUCAAGACAAAAUCAUCAUGGAGAAAGCGUCUUUAAGAAACUGGAUAGCCACAGACGUAUCGUUACAAAAUGGUACAUGGGUACAUAUUGCAAUAGUCAUACAGAAAACUCAGCCUGUUGCAACUGUGUUUAUAAAUGGUAAAGAAGAAUUUGCCUCCCAGGGUGGCUUCUCUAUUUCUGAUGCCGACAUACAAUCAGGAUUAGAAGACGUUAACAUACUUCUCAAUUCAAACACAGAAUCAGGUGUUUCCCUGUCUGGGUAUCAAGUCGUGUCUCAACCAUUACCCAGCGGACAAAUUAUCCAAUCAGCCAAGACAUGUCAUGCCAAGUCAGCCACAUCAUUCAUCAGUAUGGAGGAUAUGAAAAAUUUAACUAAGGGAGAUGUAGAAAUUAUAGUUCCAAGUCAAUGCGAUGAUAUAAAUGAAUGUGAAAACGACCCUUGCCAUGGACAUCAAUGUGUUGAUAGAGUAAAGGGGUAUGCUUGCCAAUGCAGUAAUGGUUACCAUGGCAAAAACUGCGAAAUAAAACCCGAUUUAUGCAAGCAUCAGCCUUGUAAAAAUGGUGCUACCUGUGCAAAUACAGACCAAGGAAACUACACGUGUUUUUGCAUUCAUGGCUUUAAAGGAAUAAGAUGCGAAAAGAAAAUAGUGAACGGGGGAUGGAGUUCGUGGAGCCAGUUUUCAGAGUGUUCCGUUUCUUGCAAUGGUGGAACGAAAGUCCGUACUAGAGUGUGUAAUAGCCCUUCUCCUGAUCCCGAAGGAAUGCCUUGCAAUGCCUCUGAUGCUAUAGAGCAUGUGUCUUGUAAUACAGAAAAAUGUCCCUCUUGUUCACAUCUACGGAGAAGCUUUGGAAAUGUUCCUCAUUGCCGGGAUACAUCUGAUGGUCAUAAGGUAUGCACAGUCACUUGCAGACUGGGGUAUGCCUUUGUUCCCGGACACAUUCCGUUACCCGAGUAUGUUUGUGGGAGGAACACCUCAUAUAAAUGGACGGGUGAACCUCCUGCUUGUGGAAGGGUUGACGUUCCUGAACAGAUUUCCACAAUAACUAUAGUGUCCUAUAAAGAUCCAAUAGCAUGUGACGAAGCAUCCAAAGCUUCAGUGAAUCUCAAAGAGAAACUGGAAACAUCCGUACAGUGUGCAAAAAACAAAACAUGCAUUGUAUCUGUGGAGGCAAAGGAGUGCUCCUCAACUAACAGAAAGAAAAGGGCAGCAUCUACUCAGUCUCAAGAAGUUACGUUAACCACACCUAUUGGUGAAAAAAUUGACGUUCAGAACAUUGCUCAAACACAACAAACAAACGAUGCAGCCAAAAAAUACAUCAUUAGUGUCUCGGAGCUUGAAUAUUCUGUACAACAACUGAACACAUCGAACGACAUGUUGAAUCUGAUUGUUGAUGGAAAGAUAUAUAUUGCUACUGGUAAAACUACCAGAUCAACGAUCCAUUGCCCAGAUGGUCAGGGAAGAGUACUAUUUUUCUGUGCGGACUGUCCUCAGGGAACACAUUCUUCCUCUGGAAAAUGUAUUCUGUGUAACCUGGGAACUUACCAGGAUGAAGCUGGUCAGACAACUUGUAAGCAAUGUCCACUAGGAACUACUACUAACUAUGUUGGAAGCCAAAGCCAGCUAGACUGCAUUGUGAAGAAAAAAUCGACAGAAAAGAAAAAAUCAUCCCAACAUAACCAUGAUGGAAGUCAAACGUUGAUAAUUAUUGCCACUACCCUAAGUUUGCUAAUUUUCUGUGGAUUCUCCAUUGGUGUUGGUAUAUAUGGAUACAAAAGAUAUCAAAGAUACAGACUGAGAAACAACCAGAAAAUGAACGGAAGUUGGGCAUCUUUAAGUAUGGUGUCUCCGAGCGAAUUCAGUGCUCGUGAUUAUGUUCCACCAUUAAUGGAAUCCAAACCGAAGUUAACAAUGUGAAAUGAAUUCGGAUGUAUAAAUAAUAUGCUGCUGAAAAUUAUAUUUAUUGUUUAGAAUAACAUUGGAAGUGAUUAUGUUUGAUUUGUUUGUGUGUUUUUUAGACUUGGAAUAUUAAAAUUCCUCGUGUGAUGUAAA